UAGAAGUUUGCAAUUUGAAAAGAAGAAAGAAAUUGGUAGGGCUUUUCGCUAGCAAAAAUGGUGGGAUUGAGGUUGUUCUCGGAGAGAGACGGCGACGCCGCCGGAGUUCCCGUCCUUGACACUGCAAAUGAUGAGGAACUCAUUCACGUCCAGCCUUCCGUAUCUAUCGUUCUUGCCAAUCGUCCCCCCGAGUCCCCUGGCACGCUCUACAUCACUUCUAGGAAAGUAAUAUGGUUGAGCGACUUGGAUAGGGAGAAAGGGUAUGCCGUUGAUUUCUUGUCCGUAUCGCUCCAUGCUGUAUCAACCGAUCCAGAAGCCUUUACUUCUCCUUGUAUAUACACUCAGAUUGAUACGGGUGAUAUUGGUGAAAGUGAUUCGGAAGGAUCAGAUUUAGAAUUAGAGGGAACACUUGACUUGUCGAAUAUUACUGAGAUGAGACUCGUACCAUCCGAUCCAACUCAAUUGGAUUCCCUGUUUGAGAUUUUUUGUAAAUGUGCUGAGCUAAAUCCCGAACCUAUUGAAGAAGAAGAGGAGGAAGAACAUAAUUGGAUCUUUAGUGCUGAUCAGUUGGAGGAUGCAGGCCCUGACGAUGCCGAAUGGAGCUUCUUUCAAGAUCCUACCAGUUCCAUAGGCCAAUCCAAUGGCAAUCAUGAUCUUGCUCACUCUGUGCUUGAGCUUCAAAUCAACGACGAACGUUUUGAGGAUGCAGAAGAAGAGUCUGAUGAAGAGGAAAACCCUGGCCAUCACUAAUCUAUUGUUUUCCUUCAAACAUCCUUUCUUUUUCUUUUGUAUUUUUUGUCGGAAUGAGAAUCCCAAACAAGAGUAAGCUUGAAGUGUGUGAGAUAUGGCAUACUAUGGUUUGUGUUCUACUUACUAUGGUUUGAAAUGAAAGGUGUUUUAUUUAAGACUUGAUAUGCUAAUGAAUGAGCCAAUACUAAAUAUUUUGU